AUGGACAAGAAGGGGGUGAGUCCCAAUUCAAGAACCUACAACAUUCUCAUCAAUGCCUUGAUUGGCCGUGGGGAGACGGAUGAGGCGUUUAAGGUGUUCCGGAAGCUGUCUAAAGUCUGUGAGCCAGAUGCAGACAUGUACACGAUGAUGAUCAAGAUGUUCUGUGAGAGAGAUGAGCUGGAGGUGGCUCACAAAGUGUGGAGGUAUAUGGAGAGGAAGCUGUUUGCUCCGAGCUUGCACACAUUUUCUGCACUGAUCAAUGGGUUGUGUGACAAGAGCGACCCCUCUAGGGCUUGCGUCUUGAUGGAACGAGGGAUUCGCCCGGGGAGGCACACGUUUGGCAAGCUGAGGAAGCUGCUUCUCAAGGAAGGGAGGGAAGAUGUAGUUGAGUUUUUGCAGGAAAAGAUGAACCAAGAGCCUCUAUGUGAUUGA